GUGAUUGGUUGAGAGGGCGGGACUUCCGACAGCGCAGGUUGGACAUAAAGUGACAGACUUCAUCUCCUUAAAAUUGGAAGAAAAACCGAAGGACGACGCGUUACAAGUUUUAAAACAAUUGGAAUGAUUUUCAGACAUGGACGACAUAAACCUUCAUUAUCGCUUUCUGAACUGGAGGAGGCGAAUUCGUGAAGUGCGAGCGGUGCGAUACCGGGAGCAGCUCAAAAGAAUGCUUAAAGACGGGGACAUACUCAGGUAUCAUGGGAAUUCAGAUGAAGUUGGCUGUUUUGUGGCAGCCAGGCCAUUGUCAAGAAGAAAUCGCUAUUUUGAAGUGACCAUUAUCGAUACAGGAGUAAGGGGAAUGAUUGCUGUCGGUUUGGUACCUCAGCUCUACAAGCUGGACCAUCAGCCCGGCUGGCUCCCACACUCUGUGGCUUUUCAUGCUGAUGAUGGCAAGCUGUAUAAUGGCAACACUGUUGGACAGCAGUUUGGUCCAAAAUGCUGCAGAGGUGACAGAAUCGGCUGUGGAGUGUCUCUGGACUCUGAAGAUAGACAGCUUACUGUGUUUUUUACCAAAAAUGGCAAAGAGGUCGGCAGUGUGGAAAUCCCAGCAUCUCUUGAUGCUCUCUACCCGGCUGUGGGAAUGCACUCUUUGGGGGAAGAAGUGCAGCUGGACCUGAAUGCUGAAUGUGGGAUUGAGGAGGAUGAUGGACAGAUGAUUGUGGAUAGUCAUGAAGAGGACUGGGGCCGUCUCCAUGACGUCAAAGUGACCGGCACACUGCUGGAGUACAUAGGCAAAGGGAAGAGCAUUGUGGACGUUGGCUUGGCUCAGGCCCGUCGGCCUCUCAACACACGCUUCCACUACUAUGAACUGGAGAUCACAGAUGCUGGAGAGAAGUGUUACAUUGCCUUGGGGCUGGCACGCAGGGACUACCCCAAAAACAGACAUCCAGGUUGGAGCAGAGGGUCUAUAGCCUAUCAUGCAGAUGAUGGAAAGUUGUUCCAGGGCAGUGGUGUUGGGGACGCGUUUGGACCACGCUGCUUUGAAGGGGACAUUAUGGGCUGCGGGAUCAUGUUUCCACGUGACUACAGCCUUGACGAUGGAGAUGACGUAGACGACUGGGACCUCGAUGUGAUUCCCAAACCCAGUGAGGUUCAGAAUGAAUUGUAUGCAAGCAAUGAAGAUGAGGAGGAUGAGGGAGAAGAUUUGGUGGGGAGGAAAGUUACGGUGUUCUUUACAAGAAAUGGGAAGGUGGUGGGCCGGAGGGAAGUGGCUUUACCUGUAGGAGGCUUGUAUCCUACGAUUGGCAUGAUGAGCACUGGGGAGAAGGUCAGAGUGGACCUGCACCCCCUCAGUGGCUGAGCAGAGUAGUAGAAAACUAGGUUGAGAAACCCUAGCAUGGACAAAUGAUUGAGCUCCGGUACAUUUUUAGAGAUCAGUUAAUAAAUAAUACCUCCACAUCAGCAGGCUCCAAGAUGUUACUGGAAAAGUCACUCCACUGUAGGAGGUGACUGUGGCGUCCUCAUGCUGUUAGAAUGAUUAAAAUGAUGUAUGUUACUAUUACAUGCAUGCCUGAAAGAAAUGCUUUAUAAUUACACGAUGUUAAGGAAACAUGUUGAACCAUAGGUUUGUAUAGGUGAAACACAAUUUUAGACAAUUUCAUCACAGAGUAAAGUUCAUUAUAAAAUUCCAGCAAAAAAGGAUCUCACCAGAAUAAAGAAUGUGAAAAUCAAAUAGGAGCAGACUCUAGCAAACAAGUGGACCCUCUAAUCAGCAAUCGUAUAUAUGUCGGCAGGAUGUAGCGGCACUCUCACAGGCUGCAGUGCAGCCACACUGUGCUCAUUACUACAGGUCUGCUGUACUUCUUAAUCAGUGGUGUGUUACUGACACUUAGUGGUGAGAGCAAUAGUCUGGAAAAUAAUUCUCAGAAGCAAAGUCAGUCAUAUUAGCUACUUUAGAAGCGUGUUUCUGUACAACUAUGAGUGCUUGGUCUGACAGGAAGUCAUUACGGCAUGUUUUGCCAAUGCAGUGGGAAUUAUGGAAUAAUUAAAUGUGAGCAAUUUGUUCAAUCCAAACCAUUUGUUACCUUGGAUUAAGCCGUUUUAAAAGCAAAAAGCCAAAUUAAUGUUUGUGUUUUAAUAUCAUGACUAGCUGUUUUCUAAUCAGGUAUGAUUUUGGUAUGAGUAUUUCGGGUAAAAACUUGCAGGUCAUAAUCAUUCCCAAGCCUUUUGAAGAAACCAUUUGUGUCUAAAAGACGCAACACUUAAACCAAAAUCAUGCCAAAAGAAGUACCCCCCCCAACAGACUUAAAAUGUGUUUUUCCAGUAAAGAGAUAUCUGGUGUCCAACUGUAACUACAUACAUGUUCUCUCAGCACAUCUGAGCAUUUAUCUCACAGUUUGCCUUACACACAAACAAACCAAGAAAGCGACUGAUCUUUAUAUAGUUAAGUUGCCGAAAGUAAUGCCAAACUGAGUGGUGCCUUUUUGAAACAAUUGAACUUCGCAGAAAAAACACACAUUUGAAGUCAUUGUACUGAAUGUAUUUUUUGUAGAUCUUAAGGUAUUUUGGAUGAACUGUCUUAAAAUAGAAGCUCUCUUACUCAACUGUUGAGUAUAAAACGCUGGCAGGACUAAGCAUGGUAUAGUUAAUGUCCUACUAGUUAAAUAUUGUUGAAAAUGAAGCCAUACUGUAAUAUCUGUUGCUCUCAGGUAUGUUUGAAAAUCAAAAUGAAAAUAUUUUGUCAUAUCUAUGGUUCUUUUGGGGAUUUUGCGGUAAAUUGAAGUCAACCAUUAUUGUCACAACCCUGUAAUGCAUUUUUAUGUUUUUUUUGUUUUGUUUUCUGGUCAUAAACAUAGUUGUUGUUUUCCCAAUUACUCUCUUUUUGACAUUGGAGUCUGUAACCCCCCCCAUUUUGUGACACCAAAUUUCCCCCACACACCUACCCUUGACAUAAAUUGUAGAGACAAAGUAGCUGCUUCUGUUAUCAAUUCAAACAUAAAACAAUGUGCUGUUAUUGGAACUGUUACUUUUAGAGGAUUUACUUGCUGUAUAUUGUUUUAAAAAAAAACUUUAAUCUGGCAUUGAUAAAUAUAAGAACUUCUUCCAGCUUCAGAAGCAGACUGCUUUUAAACAUUUAACCUAAUGAGUGAAGGGCCUGUAUGAGUAGGUUCAGUCUGGAUGUCAUUGAUCCAUGUAGAUGUUGGUAAUAGUCCACCUGGAUGUUGGUUCAGUUUGCAGAACAGCAUUCACACUAAAAACCUUUUUCUACAUCUUAUCAUUAAGGUGCCACAUAUCUGAACUCUGCAUGUCACUGAAAAGAGCUGAAACACCUUAAUAAAUCCAUGUUGGACUACACAUCUUGCUGCAAUAUAUAUUUGAAUAAGGAUUCAUUGCAUCCAUGAAGUGUCCCUCUGGUCAACAAAAAAUGGAAAGACUGGUGUUCAUGGGAUGCUUAACUGCUGCUAAUUGUGUGACGAUGAAACACUCUGCACAUCUUCAAAUCAGCCUGUACUGUAGACAGGGUGUACUUGUGUUUUUUUUUACUUUUCACCGACAUUGUCCAGUUUUGUGUUAAUGUUCAUCUUAGUUCACAGGAGCUUAUGGUGGUCUUCAGCUACUGUCGGCCAUCUGCCACACGCUUUUAAUAUUUAGCGCUACUUAUUCUUUUGUGUAAUUAAUCAUGAAUGACGUUUCACAUCACUUUCUGUCGAUAUAGUCCUUAUGUACAUCCUGUCAUGUAUGUUUUUAUUUAAUCUGGACUCUUUUUACUUAAAGCAAUCAGGUUAACAUGCCAAAAAAUAAUUUAGACAAAUAAAGAAUAUUUACACCCUG